GGUCACUCUUGUUCCCUCAUUCUGUUCUGUCAGAUGCGAACGAAGACGACAGCGUAAACUCGAAAGUGUAAUUUGUAGACUAAAUUUUGUGAAUUGAAUUUUUGUGAUGUGUGUUUAUUUAUUCGCGAGGUAACUGUACUUUACUUAAUUCUUGACUUACGCCAACUGUGUAUCAUAAGAUUAAUAUGGCAGCUUUGAAACCAAUCAUACGAGGAUCAAUUAGUUUACAUAGUAUGAGUAAUGCCUUUUUAAAUUGUAGUGUGUCAUCUUUAUUUGUAAACUUGCCAACUUACAGUUUGUUCAAUAGAAGCUUAUUAAAUAAACAUGUUGGAGUGUUAGGUCAUACAGUACUCAAUAGGAACAGUUUGUCAAGUUUAACAGCGGCUACAACAGAAGAGACAGAAGCUGAUGUCGCCUCAACCCCUAAACUCACUAAAGAGACGGCCAACUCCUUGGUCAUGAAAUUAACAACCGAUGAAAGAACGACUCUUCUGAACACUCUUCAAGAAUUUGAAUCUGAACAGUUAAAAGCUGAGUACAAAGGUCAGUUGGCAGCCUUCAGAUGGAGGACCAAACUGGGUCGUCCUAGCAAAGUUCCGGGGCUGGGAGAUGUCGAUCCGACAGGUUCUUACUGCCCUGUCCCAGAGGACUGGCUCCUCAAGAAAUAUGCGGAAACCGUACCAAAACCAACGGGGCCACAACUGUUCGGAGUUGCUAUUCACAAUGCAGUACCUUUUAUCGGAUUUGGAUUCCUGGAUAAUUUUCUCAUGAUCAUUUGUGGUGAUUACAUUGAACUGACGCUGGGAGCUUUCAUGACUCUGUCCACUAUGGCUGCGGCGGCACUCGGUAACACGUUCUCCGACGUGUUGGGGCUCGGCUGUGCCAGCUAUGUGGAGGCUCUGGCAGCCCGAGUGGGAGUUAAGGCUCCUCCUCUCUCUCCUGUCCAGCUGGACAUGAAGUCUUCCCGCACUUUUGCCAACAUUGGCCGUGGAAUAGGUGUGACGAUUGGCUGCUUGCUAGGAAUGACACCUCUUCUGUUCAUGAAUAAGGAUGACAAAGACAAGGAUAAGGACAAGGAGCCUGCUGUGGUUGCAGAAGUCUAAAUUAAGAAUUGAUUAGGAAUUUCAAGGUCAUCUUACUUUCGCCCAAUACUAAUGGUUUUAGUUUUAAUUGCUAAUAGAACCGAACAAGUUAGGAUACAAAUUUCAAUGAUCGGGGAACAAUCUGAUACAAACUGCACUUGCUUUAGAGUUGAUGUGGUUGCAAUCGUAAAUUAGACAAGAAAUCAAAUAUAAUUAUCCCAUCCACAAUGAUGUAAUACUGUUAGAUAAGAAACGCCUUCUGUUGCACAUCACAAUGUGACUAUUAAAAGACUUAAUUUUAGAGAUGUCUUGUACGGUUCCAAGUGCUUUUAACAUGUAGGUUUUAGGUUAGCUAGUGUUUGUCGCUACAAAAGUUUUUAACGAUUUUAAUGAAACCAGUUGGGACAACUUUUUUAUAUAAUUCAUUGUUCUGGUGGAGAUAUUUCCAUUCUACGGACUGGAUUAUUGUUACAUUUCAAACUAAUUUGAUUUAUAUUAGUACAUGUUAGUACAUCUGAAAAUUUAUUUUAACCAUUUAUUAAAUAUGAAAAACUUUGUUUUGUUGUAAAUUUAAGGUUGAAAAAGUAAAAUGUACUACUUUUUCUUUGUUUUAAAAACAUUUUAUUUUGAAUUUUUAAAUUUACCUCUGAACAGGGUUUGAAAGUAAAGAUAAUUUUGAACUUAUUAAUUAAUUUUAUUUCAUUACAAAUAAAAAUUUGUUGAUUUUUCUUUGUAGAUGAUUCUAAUUAAAUCUCAAAAACAGUAAAUAUAUUUUUAUUCAAAUUUUAACUUGUACAACAUUGUACUAUAGAACUUAUACAACAUUGUACAAGUUAGUUUAGGGUGUUCUACUGAAAUCAUUGCCUCGAGAUGGUUAUAUGUGAAAAUGCUUAUAGUAACUUAUUUAUUUUAUCUCCGAAGCACAAAUUAAUGUUCAGCGCACAUGAAACGGAAGCAUUUCCUGGUUAGUGUAGAAUUUGACCAAUAUUUAACUAUAGAACUAAUGAAUAAAAACAAUUUAACAAGUCAAAAACGUAACUAGUUAGUGUUUAGGCAGCUAGGAGUAGAACGAAACUAGUUUUGGAUGCAUAUCAACUUUAGUGGAUGGCUGUCAAAAACCCAAGUAAAUAUAAUUUCUAAAAUUUUUGUUAAAUAAGGAUGGUGUCAGAAUUCUGUGAGCUCAGUCUGCGGGAUUGAGACCAAGCACUCGGAUAUGGAACGCAAUUCUCCGUUGGAACAAUCACUAUUAAGUGACGUCAGUCUAUUUUUUAGAACCUGUUUUAACGGUUGGUAACCAACUUGUUAAAUUAUUAUGAAUUACAGGUUGAUAAAACAAACCAUUUUAGGAGUUUUCAGAGUAAUUUGCUCUACAUAAUAAAUAGUAAAAUUUAAUGUUACAUUGUUUUAAAUUGUUUUUGAAAUGUCUAUUGUCGUGUUUUGACACUGUCAAAUUAUUUCUUUUGUGAUUUUCCAGAUUUAGAGAUAAGUGAAUCACUAGUGUUAAUUAAAGAGGAAGUUAUCUUUCAAUGGUUGGAUUUGAUCUUAAAUUAAUUAAUCUCUGCUAGUUCCUGGGCAACAUUAGUUAACAGUUUACUAGUAUUUGUCUCCUCUGAUUGAUUGUCUUUUAAUUCCUCUUUUCCGAUCAUUUUAUAGUCGACUGAUUUUCUAUCUUCUCGCAAACUAAUUUUCUUUGUAAUUAUUUAUAACUUUCCUGUGCCAAUGAAAUGGAUCCCUAAGCUAAUACUAACCAACCUAGUCAUAUGUGUUUCAUGUACCGUAGGCUGUUAAAAUCUUGUAUGUUAUUUUUGUAAUAUAUUUUAUGUUUGUUAAGUCUACACGAUUGUACUUAUUUAUUUGUUGCUUACCACACGGUAUGCGUAGUUUAUGUGUUAAAUGACUGUUGCUCCAUGUAUAUUGUAUGACAAUAUUUAGUCUAGAUGUAUUACUGGAUAGUGUUUUUGAUAUUGCAGUUUGCUUACUCCGGUCAUAUUUUUGUUUCUUUCGCCUGGAUUACUGCCCAUUUACAGUUUUUUUUUUUUUACUACACAGUCGGGACAUAAUUUCAGACUGCAGUAACUUGACUAGCUGGUAAUUAUAUUUAGUUAGUUCAUUAGCUGAGCUAUUUACUAACUCAAUAUAAUUUUGACUCACGCUUGUAUACAUUGUAACCCUCAUAAAAGAUAUUUCAAAGUUUAAGUUCACGUUAAAGUGUCUUAAAAUUGUCAAUAAUUUUUCACUCGUUAUGAUCCAAACAACCAAAAGUUUAUGGAAAAAUAGCAAACUUAUACAUAGAGGUAUUUUGAAAAUUGCUAGUAAACCAAUCAAAUUGUAAAACCCCCAACCAUUAAAAUCAAUCUAACAAUGUGUGAAGUGCAAUAUUUGUAAUUAAGUAUAAAUUGGCGUUGUUAACAAUGAAGUGUCCAAGGUUCUAGAACGUUCAAACAGGGGUUUGUUAAAGAUGAAAAUUAUUUUUCUGCAGUCUACAUCAAAAUUCUAGGCUGUUUCUGAAAGAAAACACUAUAUUUAUUGAUUACAGUUUUGAAUGUUUGGUUAGUUUUAAGUUUUAUGAUGGAUAACAACCUCAUUACCUGUUUGUUAUGACAUUUUUCUCAAAACUCACAUUUCUAAAAUUGUUACAGUUUUGUUUUCUUUUGUCAGUAGAUAUCUACGAUAUUAUGUUAAAACGAUUAUUACACAUGUUCAAGUCAUUCUGCGUGAUGAUUGGAAACACUUUUCAUGUGAAACUUCAAGUUCAGAAGCAAUAGUGUCAAUGGUUAUUCAACCACCUGUGCGCAUGAUCCUCUCCAUGUGAUCAACAAUGUCAUUUUUAGUAGAAGAGGAAAGCAGAAGUACUUUCACGAGAUUAUCUUCAAUGAGUAGCCCUCAUGAAAAUUCUUUUGCCUUUUUCAUUGCAUACCCUUCAUUU